AUGACAAUCAACAAUAUAAACCUGACAACAACUGCGCCUCCAUCCCUGCAGGAGAACUGGGGAGGUCCCACACGGGGUGCCCACGGCCAAAGUGUGAGUUUUGCUGAGAACCAGGGGCAACGAGCACUCAUCUCCGCCAGAGGCCAGUCAGUCUGUCACAGGCUGAGAACUAGACCCCUGGGCCCCAGGUCCCUAAAAACCACCCAACACCAGGCAAAGGCCCCUCUGAACAGGUCCAAGCCAUCCCAGACCACCACCCCAAAUAGAGUUGGUCAACGACCACACCAGAACAUCCAGCCAUGCACCUCAGAGCCAAAAAGUACCCAAAUCGCAGGGAGGGGCAGCAGCGUCAAGCGGGCAGCGCAGGAGAAGCGGGGAGGCCCCAAACGGCGCACCCAGAGCCAAAGUAUGAGAGUUGCUGAGUACCAGAGGCAACGGGCACUCAUCUCUGCCAGAGGUCAGUUAGCCUAUCACGAGCUGAGAACCGGGCCCCUGGGCCCAAGAUCCCUAAAAACCACCCAACACCAGGCAAAGGACCCAUUGAACAAGUUCAAGCCAUCCUUGACCACCACCCGCAAUAGAGCAUGUCAACGACCACACCAGAACAUCCAGCCAUGCACCUCAGAGCCAAAAAGUACCCGCAUCCCAGGGAAGGGCAGGAGUGUCCAGCGGGCAGUGAGUGGCCCAGUGGAUGAACGCAAUGAUGACCAGGAAAGAAAACCAGGAGAUAAAUUUUAUGAAUCAGCCAAAACUGAUGACAACGAAACAACAGAUGGUUACACGAGUGGAAACAAGAAGAAGCCAAGUCCGGCAGAAACUGAGAUACUGCUUGACAGACUUCACCUUCAAGAUAAAUUUAAGCAGAAGUUGUCACCAGCAGAUUUUCUUCAAAUACGUCCACCUGGGAAACAGAUGGACCAUGUAACGUCUGAGAAAGAUGUAGCUCACACUUUUCUCCAUAGGCUGAUAAUGUUGGACUACGGGGCCAGAUAUAUUGCUGUAAGACCAGACAGUCCUGAGGUGACCACAGAGUCUGACAACACUGAGAUAGAUUACAGUGAUCUGGAGGAUUUCUUGAAAACCACUGCAGACACAAAUGAGAAAGAGAAGGCUCGUGUGCAUCCAAUGGACAUUCAGAUGGCAGUAUUUCACUGCUCAGACAGCUUCCUGAAACAGAUGAUGAUUACAAAGCUCUCUCAGUGUCAGUAUGCCUUACCUUUACUUGUUCCUGACCCAGUCACAAAGGAGAUUCAGUUUCCUCUGUGGACUUUCAGAGAAAUAACAAAAACCUGGAAGGUAACUCAAAUUAAAGAUAACUCAAAGAUCAUCAUCAAGAAGAGUGUUCCAGUCUACAAAGCUGAAACACCCUUGGUGUCAUUUUUCCGCCUGGGUUCUUUGUCAGUGUCUAAAUCUCAGCUGAUGAACACUUUGAUCAACAACCGUCACGACACCUUCUUCCACAGAAACUGCCCAGGAAGCACCAAGUCUCGCUAUCUGAUGGAUGGUGUGGCAGAGAUUGCCUGGUACUGCCCUGCUGGAAAACCCAAUGAUGCCUUCAAUGACUGCAUUGCCUUCUGUAAUCUCCAUGGUGAUGCUCUGUUGAUUGAAAAACAGCGUGACAUACUGAUUGAAAAAUCUUCAAUCAAUGUUUUUCUUUUGGCAUCUCUGCAAAGCAAUGAAGAAAGUCGAUCACUCAUAUCAUCUCUUUUUCAGUCUGAUAAGCCUCUCAUUUGUCUCACAGUUAAUGACAGUUGUGAUGCUGUUAAGAUAAAAAAUGGAAAUUACAUAAUGGGUCUUAAAGACAAAAACCACUCAGAUGUAUGUGAAGACCUGAAAAGGAUCAUUACAGAAGUUUUGUCUUCUCUUGAUGGUUCCAGAUUGAAACCAUCCUUCCAGCUUGAAACCAUGGCUGAGCUCUCUGGAAUCAGAGUGGAUGAAACUGACCCAGCCUGUCAAAGAGGGAAAUCUGCUGCUAUGGAAAUAGUCGAUCUGCUUAAAAAGGAUAACAUGGAUGUCUCAAAGAUCAAAGAUGAAUUUCUCCCUUGUCAAGGCCAACUGUGGCAUCAGUGGAGCAAAAUACACAGAGAACUGUUUCAACUCAGAGGAAACAUUGAAAUGGAGAAAAGCAGAAAGGAACAAAAACUGAUGAAAAUACGUCAGAAACAAUGUGCUGCUUCCUGCAGUGAACUGAUGAAGUUGUUCACUGGAAGUCUCUCAUUAAUGAGAGAAAAACAAACAGGCAGAGAGUAUUUCCUAAAAUGGACUCAGAUCUUUGUAGAUGUCCUUUCAACAGAUGAUCUUUCUUCAGUUUUUCAAAGUUAUGAUGAAAAGUGGUCUGAGGUCUUGGCUUUGAAGAACAAACGUGACAAAGCAGAUCUGUUAUUAAAAACACAAACUGAACUUAAAGACAUAUCGAAGAAACUUCAGUCUGUAACCUUUGGUUUGGAGCACAUCUUCAGAGAAAUGGGACAGAUCUAUGAAGCCCAUAAAACAACACAAAGAGGGAGCAGACACUCUGACUGGUCUAAAUACCCUGAGCUGGCUGCACAGCUGAUGAUAUCAGGACACCCGAUGGAGCUGAUGGAUGGUGAUGCAGGUCAUGUGCCUUUAACAUGGAUCUCCAGUCUUUUAGAAGAAGUCAUCAAGAAACUGGGGGACCAGAGAGUUUUUGUGUUGUCAGUUUUGGGCGUACAAAGCAGUGGAAAAUCAACAAUGCUGAACACCAUGUUUGGGCUGCAGUUUGCAGUGAGUGCUGGCAGGUGCACCAAAGGUGCCUUCAUGCAGCUGCUCAAAGUAUCAGAGGAGAUGAAGAAAGACUUGAAGUUUGACUAUGUUCUAGUGGUGGACACUGAAGGACUGUGUGCCCUUGAGUUAGAAGGUAACAAUCUUCAUCAUGACAAUGAACUGGCAACAUUUGUUGUUGGUCUGGGAAACUUGACACUGAUCAACAUCUUUGGAGAGAAUCCUUCUGAUAUGCAGGACAUUCUGCAGAUUGUUGUUCAGGCUUUCGUGAGGAUGAAGGGAGUUAAACUUUCUCCCAGUUGUGUGUUUGUUCACCAGAAUGUCACAGAUGUUGCAGCAGCAGGGAGAAACAUGGAUGGAAAGAGACAUCUGCAGGAAAAACUGGACCAGAUGACCAAACUAGGAGCCAAAGAGGAAGUUUGUGAUGCAGAGUGCUUCAGUGAUGUCAUUGAUUUUGAUUUUCAGAAAGAUGUGAAAUACUGUGCCCAGCUGUGGGAGGGAAAUCCACCCAUGGCUCCUCCAAAUCCAGGUUACAGUGAGAGCAUCCAGGAAGUGAAGAACACCAUCCUCUCUAAAGCUUCAGAGUCUGCUGGGAUCACUCUCUCACAGUUCAAAACCAAAAUUCACGACCUGUGGACUGCACUUCUGACUAAAAGUUUUAUUUUCAGUUUUAAAAACACACUUGAAAUUUCAGUGUACAGAAAACUGGAAGUCUCGUAUGGGAACUGGACCUGGACCCUGAGGAGCAACAUGUUGACCAUUGAAAACCAACUUCAUAACAGAAUUGAAAAUGGAAAACUUGAUGAGGUUGAGCAGUCUUAUCUUUUCAGAGAAACAAGCAAAAAAUAUGAAGAAGUCAGAAAAGAAAUGACAAAAUACUUUGAGGAUGACAAAGACAGAGAGAUCUUGAUUCAGUGGAGAGGACGAUUUGAAAUCAAAAUUAAGGAAUUUCAUGAUGAACAAGUGAACAAAGUGAAAAGAAAACUGGACAGAGUUAUCCAGCAGAAGAAAGCUUGUAAAAAGCUGGAUGAGAAUAAAUCAGAGUUUGAGAACAAACUUCUGCAGAACACCAAAAAGCUCGCUCAUAAACUGAAGGAUAAGGCCAAAGAUGAAGAAGAGCUUCAAAGACAGUUCAACUCUGUUUGGAGCAGCUGGGUUACUGAAUUAACAGCAGAUAUAAAACCUGUUGAAGACAUCAACUUGGAACAAGAUCAGUUAACGAUCCUUCAAGAACUUGGUUUUGAGCUACCUCUCACAGAUGAAAGUAAAAGAAGUGGCAGAUACAAGAAAAUAUCAGAGGUUGGUGAUUAUUCAGGUUAUAUGAAGACAGGUGGUAAUCUGUUGGUUGACAGUUACAACAAAUAUAAAGCAAGAGGUGCUUUUUCCCAUGAAGAACAAGAACAGUGUCAACUUCUGCACGACAAAUGUUUCAAGUGA